AUUUUCUCAUCACUCUUGACAUGGCGGACGACAUUCCACGCGGCGGGACUCCCCUGGAUCACGAGAUGGAUCCCGGGGCCGAGCUCCUACCUUUGAGCGAGCGCCCGUUCGACCCGGCGACCUACCAGCCGGCGAUUCACGUUCUGCCCCUCGACGGUCUCCGUCAGUUUCAGAGCUUCGAGAGGCACAUGCCACCCGAGCUAUUGCUGCGCGAGCCUACCUCCCACCUGUCCUUCGGCGUUUUCGAGGGAGAUUCCCAUACCAUCCGCGGGUAUGGGAACACUGGCGCUCGGGAGUGGUACGACGAGCUUCCUGACGCAGUUCGUUGCAUAGUGGACCGGGCGGGCUUCGGCGCCUUCUGUCGAGGACUCUCCAGGCUCACCACAUGCAGACCUCUCCUCGCCGCUCUGGCAGAGAGGUGGUGGGACACCACCGAUUCAUUUCAUUUCUCCACAGCAGGGGACAUGACGAUGACCCCUUACGAUUUCUCGAUGCUCACAGGCAUCGGGGUGGAGGGAGAUCCGAUCCCUUUUGAUAUCAACAUGGAUGAGUGGACCGCCGCUCAGGUCCAUCUGCUGGGUGAGGCGCCACCCCUCGCUCGUCCAGGUUUUGUGCGGUACUCCUGGUUCGAGGUACAGUUUAGGGUCCAGUCUACUCUCGUUGAUGCAGCUCCGAUGACCCCGGAGGCCGUGGAGAGGUACGCCCACAGCUUCCUCAUGUUCUUAUUCGGGACGACCAUUUUCGCCGACCGGGCGAACACCGUGCCUCUCUGCCUUCUCAGCGCACUGGUGGACGUUCGAGACAUUUUGCAUUAUGACUGGGAUCACUUGGCAGCCGUGGGCUCCAUUGCCGGCGGCAAUGCGGGACCGGUUUGCCGGUGCUGA